GGGCCCGGCCGGAGGCGGAGGCCGGGCCAGAAGCUGGAGGGAGGCGGCAGGGACGGUUUGUUGUGCUCGGAACAUGGCGGGCGUCGGCAACGCGGCCGCCCCGGGAGAAGGCGGCAGUGGCGGCGCGGACGGCCAGGAGCGGGACGGCCGCGGCGAAGCGGAGCAGCCGGGCGGCAGCGGCGGCCAGGGGCUCCCACCGGCGCCUCAGCACACGGAGACGCUGGGCUUCUACGAGAGCGACCGGCGGCGGGAGAGGCGCCGCGGCCGCACAGAGCUUUCAUUGUUGAGGUUCCUCAGUGCUGAACUAACAAGAGGGUACUUCCUUGAACAUAAUGAGGCCAAGUAUACAGAAAGAAGAGAAAGAGUAUACACUUGUAUGCGAAUACCAAGAGAAUUGGAAAAGCUGAUGGUUUUUGGAAUCUUUCUAUGCCUGGAUGCAUUUUUGUAUGUGUUCACCCUGCUUCCUUUAAGAGUUUUCCUGGCACUAUUCAGGCUCCUCACUUUGCCUUGCUAUGGCUUAAGGGAUAGACGUUUGCUUCAGCCUGCCCAGGUGUGUGACAUUUUGAAGGGUGUCAUUUUGGUAAUCUGCUAUUUUAUGAUGCACUAUGUUGACUACUCCAUGAUGUACCACCUGAUAAGGGGGCAGUCCGUCAUCAAGCUCUACAUCAUCUACAACAUGCUUGAGGUAGCUGAUCGUCUGUUUUCAUCAUUUGGACAAGAUAUAUUAGAUGCUCUCUAUUGGACAGCAACAGAGCCUAAAGAAAGAAAAAGAGCCCAUAUUGGGGUGAUUCCUCACUUUUUCAUGGCUGUUCUCUAUGUCUUUUUACAUGCAAUUCUUAUAAUGGUUCAAGCAACAACCCUCAAUGUAGCUUUUAACUCACACAACAAGUCCCUGCUUACUAUCAUGAUGUCUAAUAAUUUUGUUGAAAUUAAAGGAAGUGUUUUCAAGAAGUUUGAAAAGAACAAUCUCUUUCAAAUGUCAAAUAGCGAUAUUAAGGAGCGAUUCACAAAUUAUGUGCUUUUGCUGAUAGUAUGUCUAAGAAACAUGGAACAGUUUUCUUGGAAUCCAGAUCAUCUCUGGGUAUUGUUUCCAGAUGUCUGUAUGGUAAUUGCAUCAGAAAUUGCUGUGGAUAUUGUAAAACAUGCUUUUAUCACCAAGUUUAAUGACAUUACUGCAGAUGUCUACAGUGAAUAUAGAGCCAGUCUUGCUUUUGACCUUGUUAGCAGCCGACAGAAAAAUGCGUAUACUGAUUACAGUGACUCAGUAGCACGAAGGAUGGGUUUUAUUCCUCUCCCACUAGCUGUUUUACUCAUCAGAGUUGUAACAAGCUCAAUUAAAGUGCAAGGAAUCCUGUCUUAUGCCUGUGUCAUACUCUUCUAUUUUGGGUUGAUAUCCUUGAAAGUACUUAAUAGCAUCGUGCUGUUGGGGAAAUCAUGCCAGUACGUGAAGGAAGCCAAAAUGGAAGAGAAGCUGUCCAACCCUCCCCCCGCCAGCACUCCGGGCAAGCCGUCCAGCAAAUCACAGAACAAGUGUAAACCCUCUCAAGGCCUUUCCACGGAAGAAAACCUGUCUGCUUCGGUCACCAGCCAGCCUGUCCAUCAGAAGGAAAACGUCAUACCGUUACUUGUGACAAGCAAUUCUGAUCAGUUUCUAACAACUCCAGAUGGUGAUGAGAAGGACAUAACACAGGAAAAUUCUGAAUUAAAACACAGAUCCUCAAAGAAAGAUUUGUUAGAGAUAGACAGGUUCACAAUUUGCGGAAACCGAAUUGACUGAACCUGUGGCUCCGAGUGCUGACAAAGCUGGGUCCUGGGCAGCGAGUGCUGUGCUGCCAGGAUGGACAGAGGCUGGACGUGGCACUUAAAUAUUUAUUUAAAAACUUAAAUUAUUAUCGGCAAGCAAAUCUUAGUAUCUUUCUUCCAGUAACGUGGUCUGGCUGAAGGUCAGAUCACGGAAUCACAGCGGCCUCCGGCCUCGACUCUCUGGGAAACUUGAUGGAUUAUAAAACCUUCCUCCUGCUUGGCCAGGCAGCAGCAUCACUUCCAGACCUGACCCAAGGCAACGUCAGAAUCUGUUGUGCUUUGUCACGCUGGGCUUCCAGAAUGUCCAACUUUGCCUCAAGGCCUCUUCAGUAUAAGGAUAUACCUGGGAAAACUGUGAAGCUUUUACCAUGACAUUACCUUUCCAGUCUCAUACCAUUUUCACAAACAGUUUUCAAACUUUACUUCAUCUGCCAAAGCAUUAAAAAAAAUUAUUAAACAUAAGUCAAGAUAAAUGUUCUUACCACCAGAAUAAUCCUUGAAGAUGUAUCUGAAUUAAUCAGAAUUAAAGGCUACCUUAAAUAAGACAUGAUGAAUAGUAGCAUUUUAUAGGAAAAAAAUAAACAUUAAACCAGUUCAUUUAUUUAAAAAAAAUUAAUUAAUGAAGGUUAAGCAGCACUGGGAAAAUGUUUCAUAAUUUUUCAGUUUAUUCUUUAAAGCAAAACGUAAGCUAUAUGUCGUUUAAUUGCAGUGGAUAAAAUAGAAAUUUCCUUACAAAAAGGCACUUUUUAUACCGAAAAAAGCAGAGCAGUGUUAACUUUAAGGUAUACUUAACUGGUUUCGCUUUAAAACUAAUUGCUUCAUAAAUUAUUAUAGCUAAAGGGAUUUGAGUAGGCGGAAAAGAUGUCAAUGUACAAGAUUCAAAACUGUCGACUUUAACUGGAUUUUUUAAAGUAAAUGUUCUAAGUGGAUUGGGCCACAUCAUCUUGCUUGGGCUUAGAAGAUGCAUUAGUUCCGUUUGGGUGGUCAGUGCGCCUGUGCUGGGGUGGGGUGUGCAUUCUAUGGGAGGGUAUCUGUGGGGCCGUGACUGUCUGGGUGGGCCUGUGCUGGGCGUGGGUCAGGCCCGGGUUGGGAGAGGACCUCGAGUGAAAGUAAAUGGAGUGUUUUAGGCGUGUGGGUGGCUGGCUGGGUGUGGGGAGGCAUUUGUGUAUGGCUGUUGGGAACAGCAACCAAAUGGUGCUUUUUGGUUUUGUUUGAGAGCCAGAUUCCAUUUCUGCUUAAUUACUAGUUUGUGGCCUACAUCCUAGGACAAGUUAUUUUCCACCCAUUGUAUCUUGAGAAUCCUUUCUGCAUUUCUAUAAAAAUUUUACAACUUCUGAUUUCAGAACUGUCCAGAAGAUGGUACUGUUAACCAUUACUUUUGAUGUUUGAUUUUAAAGUUCAACUCUCAUGCCCAUGUUUCAGGCAUAUGUGUGUGCAGUAGGCAAAUUCUAGGUGAUUUGUCUGUUUCCUGGGUGAAAUAUAAAGCAAGCUUUAAUGCUUUGGCUGUUCAUUUGAAAUACAAAAGUGAAUUUUAAUGUUUUACAUUAACUAAAGAAAUCUGAAGAUUAAUGUCGAGGAAAUUGUACAGACAUGCCUUUGUGAAACCAGGAAGUAUUUUAAGUUACAAAUGAGGAGACUUUUAAUUUCUUUGUGUGUGUUUCAGUGGAGCCCCAUUUUAGAAUGAUUAUUCUUUUUUCCAUGUCCUUUUCGCCAACAAAAGGAACAGUGCCCACAGUGAAUGGCAAUAGUUUGGGGAAAGCUUUGCCAAACAUAGCCCUUUAUCAGAGCAAGAACAUGGUUUGGGUAUAUCUCUUUCAAUUCUGCUUGAAUUAUUCUGUUAUUGUGCUGUCGUUUUGGGGGAGAUUUUCAUUUCCUUUGCAGAUGCUGUUGGGAGUUUGGGACGAUGUUCAUUUCUCCUGUUAUAAUGGCAUUCAAUACUAAUUUUAUAAGUGCAUCUUGUGUGGAACUCAAUAAAUUCAAUUUUGUAAUCUUUUUUAAAAA